GAUUAGUAUAUUCUUUUCUAUCCUGUAGUUUGUAGUUUCCCUGAAUCAAGCCAAGUAUCACAACUCUUUCUACCCAUCCUCUAUAUUGUCCCCUUUGUUCCGUGUUGAAAUAGAACCUUAAUUUAUUACUUAUUAUUAGAAUUAGAUUUUAGAUUAGUUAGUGAUUAGAUAUUAGUAUUAGACGAGAUUUUACGAAAAUUUUUUUUUUUGAUUUCUUUAUAGGAGAGGACAAAUCUCUUUUUUUCGAUGCGAAUUUGAUACGACAUAGGAGAAGCCGCCCUUUAUCAAAAAUUAUAUUAUUAUAUUAUUUUUAAUAAUAAAAGGGGGUUCCAACAUAUUAAUAUAUAGUGAAGUGUUCCCCCAGAUUCAGAACUUUUUUUCAAUACUCACAAUCCUUAUUAGUUAAUAAUCCUAGUGAUUGGAUUUCUAUGCUUAGUCUGAUAGGAAAUAAGAUAUUCAAAUAAAUAAUUUUAUAGCGAAUGACUAUUCAUCUAUUGUAUUUUCAUGCAAAUAGGGGGCAAGAAAACUCUAUGGAAAGAUGGUGGUUUAAUUCGAUGUUGUUUAAGAAGGAGUUCAAACGCAGGUGUGGGCUAAAUAAAUCAAUGGGCAGUCUUGGUCCUAUUGAAAAUACCAGUGAAGAUCCAAAUCGAAAAGUGAAAAACAUUCAUAGUUGCAGUAAUGUUGAUUAUUUAUUCGGCGUUAAAGACAUUCGGAAUUUCAUCUCUGAUGAUACUUUUUUAGUUAGUGAUAGGAAUGGAGACAGUUAUUCCAUCUAUUUUGAUAUUGAAAAUCAGAUUUUUGAGAUUGACAACGAUCAUUCUUUUCUGAGUGAACUAGAAAGUUCUUUUUAUAGUUAUCGAAACUCGAGUUAUCUGAAUAAUGGAUUUAGGGGCGAAGAUCCCUACUAUAAUUCUUACAUGUAUGAUACUCAAUAUAGUUGGAAUAAUCACAUUAAUAGUUGCAUUGAUAAUUAUCUUCAGGCUCAAAUCUGUAUAGAUACUUCCAUUAUAAGUGGUAAUGAGAAUUACGGUGACAGUUACAUUUAUAGAACCAUUUGUGGUAGUGAAAGUCGAAAUAGUAGUGAAAAUGAGGGUUCCAGUAGACGAACUCGCACGAAGGGCAGUGAUUUAACUAUAAGAGAAAGUUCUAAUGAUCUCGAGGUAACUCAAAAAUACAAGCAUUUGUGGGUUCAAUGCGAAAAUUGUUAUGGAUUAAAUUAUAAGAAAUUUUUGAAAUCAAAAAUGAAUAUUUGUGAACAAUGUGGAUAUCAUUUGAAAAUGAGCAGUUCGGAUAGAAUUGAACUUUUGAUUGAUCCGGGUACUUGGGAUCCUAUGGAUGAAGACAUGGUCUCUCUGGAUCCCAUUGAAUUUCAUUCGGAGGAGGAGCCUUAUAAAGAUCGUAUUGAUUCUUAUCAAAGAAAGACAGGAUUAACCGAGGCUGUUCAAACAGGCAUAGGCCAACUAAACGGCAUUCCCGUAGCAAUUGGGGUUAUGGAUUUUCAGUUUAUGGGGGGUAGUAUGGGAUCCGUAGUCGGAGAGAAAAUCACCCGUUUGAUUGAACACGCUGCGAAUCAAAUUUUACCUCUUAUUAUAGUGUGUGCUUCUGGGGGGGCGCGCAUGCAGGAAGGAAGUUUGAGCUUGAUGCAAAUGGCUAAAAUAUCGUCUGCUUUAUAUGAUUAUCAAUUAAAUAAAAAGUUAUUUUAUGUAUCAAUCCUUACAUCUCCGACAACUGGUGGAGUAACAGCUAGUUUUGGUAUGUUGGGGGAUAUCAUUAUUGCCGAACCCAAUGCCUACAUUGCAUUUGCAGGUAAAAGAGUAAUUGAACAAACAUUGAAUAAAACAGUACCCGAAGGUUCACAAGCAGCUGAAUACUUAUUCCAGAAGGGUUUAUUCGACCUAAUUGUACCACGUAAUCUUUUAAAAAGCGUUCUGAGUGAGUUAUUUAAGCUCCACGCCUUUUUUCCUUUGAAUCAAAAGGAAAGCAAAAUCAAGUAGAGCACUAAGUUCAAUUAUUUUAUUUGUGUUUGUAGCAAAAAAGUAGUUAGUUUAGUGGAAUCAAAGUAAAUAAGAUAAUAAUGGCGUUUUCUUUGGUGAUAGAAGAUCUAAUUGUAGAAAGAAUCAAAACGGAAGUUGAGGAUAACUCUUUUUUUGACCUAUAUUCCUGAUUACGAAUCAAGAAGCCUUUAUCAACAAGAGUGAGUUCUUCCUUUCGUGAAAUUAGGAAAAUAAAACGAAUUUCUUCUUGUCUUAGGUAUAUAAUUUGAAAUUUAAAUAUAGAUAAUAGAGUUUUGUAUCUUUCUCUAUCUCCCGAAAAACCAUUUUAGCUAAAAAUUCAUGUUGGAUCGGAUUCGAACGAAUCUUUCGAUAAUCUGUAAAAAACUCUUUAUCUAUUUUUCGAAAAUUAGAAGACAAGAACAAAAGUAAUAAAGUUUAUUAUCAUACAUAUCUUUCUCAUGUAGGAGAUGAAUAAGUCCAUUUAUUUAGUUCUACAGUUCUACAUUCUUUGCACUUAUUAUACGUACUCAGUUAGAUUUAGAUAUAUAGAUACUUAGAUCUAUACUAAGAAUUUCAAAUUCUUCAAAUUCUAUUAAUAAUAAAUAUUAUCUAAUUAGAAUUCAAAUUCUUAAUUUCAUUAUAAUUAUUACAAGAUAUCUUUAUUUAUAUAAUAACAUAAUAACAGAUACAAAUAGUAAAUUGAGGUACCCCUUCUAUGACAAAUUUGAACCUUCCAUCUAUUUUUGUGCCGUUAGUAGGCCUAGUCUUUCCGGCAAUUGCAAUGGCUUCUUUAUUUCUUCAUGUUCAAAAAAACAA